AUGUCGUUGACAAAUUGCCGUUUCUACGAGGAGAAGUAUCCGGAGGUUGACAGCUAUGUCAUGGUCAACGUGAAGCAGAUCGCCGAAAUGGGCGCAUACGUUAAGCUCCUCGAGUAUGACAACAUCGACGGCAUGAUUCUGCUCUCCGAAUUGUCGCGCAGACGUAUCCGCAGUAUCCAGAAGCUUAUCCGUAUCGGCCGUAACGAGGUCGUCAUUGUGCUUCGUGUGGACAAGGAGAAGGGUUAUAUCGAUCUUUCCAAGCGUCGAGUUUCUCCCGAAGAUGUUGUCAAGUGUGAGGAAAGAUACAACAAGAGCAAGGCUGUCCACUCCAUCAUGCGCCACGUUGCCGAGGCCACUCAGACCCCUCUUGAGACCCUAUACCAGCAGAUCGGAUGGCCCCUGAACCGCAAAUAUGGACACUCCCACGAUGCGUUCAAGAUCUCCAUCACGAACCCCGACGUGUGGAACGAGGUUGAAUUCCCUAACGAGAACGUGAAGAAGGAGUUGACGCACUACAUCAGCAAGAGACUUACUCCUCACCCGACCAAGGUCCGUGCCGAUAUUGAGGUUACUUGCUUCGGUUACGACGGCAUCGAUGCGGUCAAGGAGGCCCUGCGCACCGCCGAGGCCCACAACACCGCCGAAACCCAGAUCAAGGUUAAGCUGGUUGCCCCGCCACUUUACGUCUUGACCAGCCAGUGCUUGGACAAGGCCAUUGGUAUUCAGAUGCUCGAGGAGGCCAUUCAAAGGAUCGAGGCCAAGAUCAAGGAGUCUGGCGGUGGUUGCAUUGUCAAGAUGGCUCCCAAGGCUGUUACUGAGCACGAUGAUGCUGCCCUCCAGGAGCUCAUGGAGAAGCGUGAGCGUGAGAACAUGGAAGUCAGCGGCGACGAGAGCAUGUCCGAGAGCGAUGAGGGCGUUCCUGAGUAA